AUGCGGCGACCACUCCUCACUCAUCUGCGAAAUGUAGCCCCAUCUAUUUCGAGGUGGAAAGCUGCCUCGCCCAUCCCUCAGAGUCGCCUGCGGGAGAAGGGACUAGAUCCAACCUGGGCCCGGCUCUACAGCACGACGAGAAUACUCGGCCAACAUGCCAAGUCGAAGAUCCAACUACGUCCGUAUCAGCAGGAGAGCAUAGAUGCCGCUCUCGGCUAUCUGGCGCGAGGCGAGAAGAGACUGGGAAUCUCCCUCGCGACCGGAAGCGGCAAGACAGUCAUCUUCAGCCAUCUGCUCGACCAGGUCCCUGCUCCAACUCCACAUGCCACACAGACCCUCAUCCUCGCGCACCGGCGGGAACUGGUGGAUCAGGCGGCAAGGCAUUGCCGAGAGCUCUAUCCGGACAAGACCGUCGACAUUGAGAUGGGCAAGAAGCACGCCUCGGGUGUCGCGGACAUCACGGUGGCGUCCGUUCCUACGUUGAAGUCUCCACAGAGACUGAUGCGUUUUGAUCCCGACCGAUUCAAGCUGAUACUCGUUGAUGAGGCUCAUCAUACCGUCGCGACCAGCUAUCUGAAUAUUCUGAAGCACUUCCGCCUGUCGGACAAAUGCGAGCGAGGCCCGACUGCCGUUGUGGGAGUUUCUGCAACUUUCUCGAGGCAUGAUGGGUUGAAGCUUGGAGCUGCCAUCGAUCACAUUGUCUAUCAUAAGGAUUAUGUGGAUAUGAUCCAUGAGAAGUGGCUGUCAGAUGUCAUCUUCACGACAGUCCGCACGGGAGUCAACCUAUCCAAGGUCAGGGUCACUGGCGGUGACUUCCAGACGGGCGCGUUGUCGAAAGCUGUCAACAACGACGAAACGAAUGCCAUCACCGUCCGAGCAUGGCUCGAGAAGGCUGGGCAGCGGAAGUCCACUCUUGGCUUCUGUGUUGAUUUGGCGCACGUCACGAAUCUGACAGCCAUGUUCCGCCAACACGGUAUCGAUGCACGCUUCAUUACGGGCGACACGCCAACGAAGCAGCGAGAGCAGCGACUGGAUGACUUUAAGGCCGGAGGCUUUCCCGUCCUGCUGAACUGUGGCAUCUUCACCGAAGGGACCGACAUUCCCAACGUCGACUGCAUCUUACUCGCACGGCCCACGCAGUCACGGAAUCUCCUCGUGCAAAUGGUCGGGCGCGGACUCCGGAAGCAUGCAGGGAAGCAGAAUUGCCAUGUCAUUGAUAUGGUCGCGUCUCUCGAAGCCGGGAUCGUUACAACGCCAACUCUCUUCGGCCUCGAUCCUGAAGAAUUGGUAAAGGGUGCGGACAUCAAAGAGAUGGCGAGCCUUGGCGAGCGCAAGGAAAUGGAGAAGCAACGAGUUGAGCAGGCGCUGAACACAUCUGGUCGCGAGAUGCCCGAAUUGAAGGGAGAGAUCACCUUUACCGACUACGACGAUGUCAAUGACCUGAUACAGGACACGUCUGGGGAGCGGCAGAUCCGCGCGCUGUCUCGAUAUGCGUGGGUGCAGAUUGACGAAGGUCGCUACGUACUGUCGAAUCGAGACGGCUCCUACAUGACGAUCAAGAAGGAUGAGGCAGGCGAUCGAUUCAUCAUCAGCUACACGCCCAAGCUCCCGCCGUCGUCGGGCUCGAAAGUGCCGUUCGCGCGCACGAGAGAAGUGGGCAAGGCGAUGACGUUUGAAGAUGCAGUGCAUGGUGGAGACAAGUUCGCGUCCGAGACCUUCCAAUUCGACUUCAUCGCGACGUGGGCGUAUUGGCGCAAGACGUGGGCGUCGGAAGGGCAACUCAGCUUCCUGAACAAGUUCCGAGAACAAGACCAGAAGCUGGAGGCGGGCUCCAUCACCAAGGGACGGGCGGCUGACUGGAUCACCAAAUUCAAGCAUGGUGCGCGAGGACGGUUCGAGCGGAUGCUUGGGCAAAAGCGCAAGGCGGAGAAGAAGGUUGCGAUGAAGUCGAAGUGGCGGGAGCGACAGCAGCAUCAGCAAGUGCAGGUCGGGCCGGUGGCCGCAUAG